UUUGCACUUUUACUCUUUCAAACUUGGCACUCUUCUUAGUAUUAUUCCUUUUUUUUCUAUUGACCCGAAACCACAAGUAAAGAUCCUGUUUAGCAAACCGGGUCAACCCUUCGGAUCUUCCUAGAAGGAGAUCCUCACCAGAUAUUCUCUUCUUUCACCUCUUCUCACUCCACUUUCUUCAACCCAAUUCGUUAGUUAUUAAACUAUAAAUAUUCUUCACUCUCGCAUUUGGUAUCCCAAUUCAUUUCUCGUCUGUAAAUUCAAUAAAUUCAUCAUAUUUACGGGUUGGAUGUCUAGAUCUACAAAAACGUUGAACAUCUUGAGACUCGUGGUGAAAUUGAUAAACCCAGAAUUCUUUUGCACAUGUCUGGGGCUGGAGAGGCUGUGGGGCAUGUAAAUUUCCCUGCAAUGGCAACAAAUGACCGGUCCGGAUGCUGCAAUCCUGUGAAGAAACCCGGCCCGGUUUCAAUGGACCAUGUCUUAGCAGCUCUCAGGGAGACUAAGGAGGAAAGGGAUUCAAGAAUUAAGAGCUUAUUUAAUUUUUUCGAUUCAGCUAAUGUGGGGUACUUGGACUAUACCCAAAUUGAGAAGGGCCUUUCAGCUCUGCAAAUUCCAGCAGAGUAUAAGUUUGCAAAGGAGCUGCUAAAUGUUUGUGAUGCUAAUAGAGAUGGAAGAGUGGAUUAUCUGGAGUUUAGGAAGUAUAUGGAUGAUAAGGAGCUGGAGUUGUAUAGGAUUUUUCAGGCUAUUGAUGUGGAGCAUAAUGGCUGCAUUUUGCCCGAGGAACUCUGGGAUGCUCUUGUCAAGGCUGGGAUAGAAAUGGAUGAUGAUGAACUUGCUCGCUUUGUGGAGCAUGUUGAUAAGGAUAACAAUGGUAUCAUAACUUUUGAAGAGUGGAGAGAUUUUCUACUGCUCUAUCCACAUGAGGCAACUAUUGAAAACAUCUAUCACUAUUGGGAAAGGGUAUAUCUAGUUGAUAUUGGUGAACAGGCUGUUAUUCCAGAAGGCAUCAGCAAGCAUGUUCAUGCUACAAAAUAUUUAAUUGCAGGGGGAGUUGCUGGAGCUGCUUCACGUACUGCAACUGCACCUCUUGAUCGUCUUAAGGUGGUUUUGCAGGUUCAGACCUCUCGUGCAUCUGUUGUCCCUGCAGUUAAGAGCAUAUGGAAGGAGGGCGGCUUAUUUGGGUUUUUCAGAGGCAAUGGGAUAAAUGUUUUCAAGGUUGCUCCAGAAAGUGCCAUCAAAUUUUACACUUAUGAAAUGCUGAAGAAUGUCAUUGGAGGUAACAAGGAGCACCAGGAUAUUGGGACAUCAGGGCGCCUGGUUGCUGGUGGUUUGGCUGGUGCUGUUGCACAAACUGCUAUUUAUCCAAUGGAUCUUGUGAAGACCCGAUUACAAACUUAUGCUUGUGAAAGUGGGAAAGUUCCAAAUUUGGGAAAGUUGUCAAAAGAUAUAUUGGUUCAGGAGGGACCUCGGGCUUUUUAUAGAGGACUGGUACCAUCUCUUCUAGGGAUUAUUCCUUAUGCGGGCAUCGACUUGGCUGCCUAUGAGACACUUAAAGAAAUGUCAAAGACCUAUAUUCUUCAUGACAGUGAGCCUGGUCCUUUUGUGCAACUUGGUUGCGGUACAAUUUCAGGGGCCCUGGGAGCAACAUGCGUUUAUCCUUUGCAGGUUGUCAGAACAAGAAUGCAAGCUCAGCGAUACAACUCUGAUGCUGCUUACAAAGGAAUGUCUGAUGUGUUUAGGAGAACGAUUAAACAUGAAGGUUUCAGGGGAUUCUAUAAAGGACUAUUCCCAAAUCUUCUGAAAGUUGUUCCUGCAGCCAGCAUUACGUACUUGGUUUAUGAAACCAUGAAGAAGAGUCUAGAUCUCGGGUAGCUGACGCUUUACCUGCUGCUCGUAAUUGCGCAUUUAGAGAUGAUGAUGAAGAAUAAGAUUUUUAAUCCCAUUUGAAGGUAUCAUUGGUGGUGAUAUACACUAGGUAUUGAUUCUCCUGGGGAUAGAGUUUGCUGAAGAGCUAUCCCUUGGGAUUGACUGGCUAACUUAUUAUUACGCCCGGAAUUAAGGAUGGUAUUUAAAUACAACGUCUGUUUAUUUGAGUUCUAGGAUGUCCUUGUAUACUCUAGUUAGAUCAUCACGAGCAAGAUGAAUAGAUGAGGUUGAGACCUUGCCAUUUUUGUCAUACCAAAUAAGUAAUGUGGAUGAGUGGAAGUUCCAAAAUUUCUCUUUUAAGGAUGGAUACUCAUGAGGUUUGAUUUUGGUUUGCCUGUUGAAAAUCAACACACAUUUUUAUAACCA